GACAGAGAAGAUUGUAAAAUCAUUUGAGGGUAAUUUUCUGCUUCGUCAUUUUAUUGCAGCCUUGAAGGUUAGAUAUAAAAAAUGAAUUCAACAAUGGCUCCAUAUGGGAUGUGCCUAACAAUCAUGAACGAGCGCAACUCCAAGGGUGGCAUGGGCUCUAAAGCCAAACCUUUAAAGUUUAUGGAUCAGGACUAUCACUUUUUACAAGAUUACUGUCUCCAGAAGAAAUUGAGAUUUCUUGAUGACUAUUUCCCACCAGACCCCCGUUCCAUUGGCAAAGGGCUGCUGAAACAGGAAGAUAUGCUUAAAAUAGAAUGGAAGAGGCCAAAGGCCAUGAGGCAAAAUGCUGAAUUUGUUGUAGAUGGAGUGUCCAGAUUCGACUAUGCGCAAGGGAGUGUAGGAAACUGCUGGUUUCUGGCUUCUGUUGGGGCUUUAACUUUUCAAAAAGACUUAUUACUCCACAUCGUUCCACCUGGACAAUCACUCAUUAACAAUUAUGCUGGGAUAUUUCACUUCAGGUUUUGGAGGUUUGGAAAAUGGUAUGAUGUUGUGAUUGAUGACAAACUGCCAACAAUCAAUGACAGACUUAUUUUUGUGCAAUCGAAAACAAAUAAUGAGUUUUGGCCGGCCUUGCUGGAGAAAGCUUAUGCCAAGGUAUGUGGCUCUUACGCUGACAUGCAUGCUGGUCGGGUAUGUGAGGCACUGUUGGACUUUUCUGGUGGGGUGCACAUGCACUAUGAACUCAAUUCAGCUCCUCCUGACUUAUGGGAGAUGAUGCACCGUGCAAAUCAGGCAAAUGCCCUCAUGGGAUGUGAAACUCCUGUAUCGGAUGUGCCUGAGAAAAAAUUACAUAACGGCAUAGUUCUGGGCCAUGCUUACGCUGUCACAGGGGUUCAUCAGGUAAUGAGUGGUAGACAUCCAGUUCAGCUGGUGAGACUGUUCAAUCCAUGGGGAGAUACAGAAUGGACUGGAGACUGGAGUGACAUGUCACCUCUGUGGAACACAGUGAGUGAGGGGGACAAGAAAAAACAUCUAUUGGCUGAAAAUGGAGAGUUUUGGAUGUCAAUGAAAGAUUAUACAAGAAUUUUUGACAACAUGGAUAUCUGCUGUCCUUGUCCUGAUUUUCUGGAAAAGUCCUCUCAGUGUCAGUGGACAUCAAAGUACCACCAAGGCCGUUGGGUAACUGGGAGUACAGCUGGUGGCUACAUGAAUUAUAAAGACACUUUCUGUACAAAUCCCCAGUUUUGGCUGACGGUAGGUGAAAUGGAUAAGACAAGUGAAGAUGGCCACAACAAUGUCCUCGUGUCCCUGAUACAGAAACCAGACAAAAGAAACAGGCGCUCUGUUUCAAUCCACGCCAUUGGUUUCAGUGUGUUUGAGAUUCCACCAGAGAUGAGAUCUGAAGGAAGGUUAGGUUCAAGCUUUUUCCACAAUAGAACGCCUGUGGAAACAAGUGGGGACUUUCAAAAUGUAAGACAGGUGAUGAAGUUCUUCAGGCUGGAGCCAGGACAGUAUCUCAUUGUGCCAUCCACUAAUAAGCCCAAUAACAAUGCUGAAUUCUUCCUGUCUAUUCUCUGCAAAAAUGAGAUCCAAACUGAAAAAGACACAGAACGAACCGAGAAAGAUUUUCUUGUGGAUUUUACAAAGGGUGAUUACACAGACCCUGUGGACAACGAGUCAAACUAUAGAAAUCAAAAUGUCGGACUGUUUCGACAGUUUUCCGAUCAGUACAAAGAUGUCGAUGCUGGGCAACUUCAACAGCUUCUACACAACAACUUGUUUGGAGGAAACACAAAAAUUUCAGAAGGAUUCGGUCUGGAUACUUGUAGAAGUAUGAUUGCCAUGUCAGAUUCGUCUAUAACCGGAAGACUUAAUGGAUCAGAAUUCAUGCAUCUGUGGAAUCGAAUUAUCAGAUACAAGGAUAUCUUUUACAGCAUGCAUUCCACCAAAGAUGGCGUUCUCUCUUUGAAAGAAUUGAAUAAAGCAUUGGAGAAAACAGGCAUGCAUUUAAGUGAAGAAAUCCUGAAUCUCAUGGCUGUGCGGUAUGGUGGUACACUAGAACAGAUCUCUUUGGAGGGUUUCAUAUGUCUCGUUUUACGUUUGGACUGCAUGGCUAAAUUAUUUCAGAGACUCUGCAAUAAAGGAAAGGUGACUUUUGAUGAGAGUGAGUGGAUAAGGCUCACCAUGUAUUCAUGAGGGAAUAUCUGAUUGCAAUCAAGUGCAAGAAGCAAUGUGAAGAUUAAACAUUGGAGUUACUGAUGGAUGUAAAUUCCAUUGGUGUUGAAGUGUCAACUGUACCUGUACAUAUGUUUUUAAGGGGUUUAAUUGUGAGUUUUGAUUAUUUGGGAGGUAAAUUUUCCCAUGACCGAAUCCCCCCAAAACUCUCCCCCGGAUGAGUAAUUUUUAAUAAAAUGUAGCUGAACAGUGAUGUCAACUUUCAAGCUCCAAAAAGAUAUCAUAAGACUUUCAAUCGUUCUAAAGAAACACAACCACUCAUAUGAUAAACAGACUAAAAUUAAAAAAUCAACUGAAAUAUUGAAUAGAAUUAAAUACUUUAAUGGCAUGAGGGUUAGUCAAGAUGACAGCAUUUUCUAUUUGAGUUCACUAUUCCUAUCCUAUUGUACAGUAUAUGUUUGUUUAAAGUGAUAUAUGCCCACAUUUCCUACGGUGACCACCACAAGGGGUCACUGUUGUUGAGCCGUUUUGCUUUAGUUUUCUCCGUUUCUUCUAAUUUCUAAUGUAUAAUCUGUGGAUCUGUACUCAGGUAUUUGUCUAUUUACAUCAUGCUUAAAUGUUAUAAUUUUGAAAUUUGUCAGAUGUACUGUAGCAUGCAGCUAUUAUUGCAAAAUCAAUAUCAAUAAAGGCUGAAACAUUCUGGUGUUCAGCACAAUGAU